GUCCACGCCCCGUUGCCCUUCCCAACAUGGCGGCGGUGGCCGGUCGGGCCGGGUUGGCUCCGGCGCGGAGCUGCUGCCGGCGGCUCGGCUGCGAGAGCGGGGCCCGGGAGCUGCUGCUGGGCGCCGUGGACAGCUUCGUGCUGGACUGCGACGGGGUGCUGUGGAGAGGCCGGGACGGGGUGCUGAGCGGCGCGGCCGAGCUGCUGGGCCGGCUGCAGGCGCUGGGCAAGCGGGUCUACCUGCUGAGCAACAAUGGCAGCUGCACGGCCGGGGGCCUGCUCGACAAGUGCCGGCGCCUGGGCCUACCGGUGCGGACCCGGCAGCUCCUCAACACGGCCCGCUGCUCGGCCCUGUACCUGCGGCAGGCCCUGGCCCCCUCCCCGGCCCCGAACCCGGACCCGGCCCCGGCCCCGGCCGUCUACGUGCUGGGUAGCCCCGGGCUGCGCUCCGAGGUAGCGGCGGUCGGCCUGCGGGCUCUGGGAGGAGGCGAGCAGGAGGAGGAGGAGGAGGUCGCCGCGUCUUCCACCGGGGUCAGGGCCGUCCUCGUCGGCUACGACGAGGGGUUCAGCUUCGGCCGGCUGUCCCGGGCGUGCGGCUUCUUGCGGGACCCUCGCUGCCUCUUCGUGGCCACCGACCCCGACCCCUGGCACCCCCGGGAAGGAGGGAGGGUGGUCCCAGGCACUGGCAGCCUCACAGCAGCCCUGGAGGUGGCUUCUGGCCGCAAGGCCGCGGUUGUCGGAAAGCCCGGCCGCUUUAUGUUUGACUGCAUCGCCAGCGAAGGAGGGGAAGGUGCCGUCGAUCCCUCCCGGGCUCUGAUGGUGGGCGACCGCCUGGAGACAGACAUCCUGUUUGGCGCCAACUGCGGGAUGUGGACAGUGCUGGCUCUGACCGGCGUCUCCAGCCUGCAGGAUGUCCAUGCCAAGAUGGCCAGCGAGCUUCCGCAGCACAAGAAGAUGGUGCCGGACUUCUACGUGGACAGUGUCGCCGAUUUCCUUCCCCUGCUGAGUGGCUGACUGCAGAGGAGAGCACUCUGGUGCUGGUGACCAUUACCUGGCUCUAUAGUCUAGCCCUUGCUUGGUACUGGAGCUGCUUUUCUCGGGGGCUUUCAGAGCCUGUGCAGGUUCCUUGAGGUGAACCACAAAGACCAGCUUUGGCCAACUAACUGAUGACCAAGAGGAGAUGCUGACUAGAAUCAAGGGUUUAUUCUUCUUGAUGUUUUGUACUAAUCAAUGAGUGAUUUAAUAAAAGUGUAGUUCUUUGA